AUGACCGUUGUUUAAAAGGCAUCACUGGUCCGCACCAAAUCGACGUCAUUUGUCAAAUUCUCGUUUUCGACUGUGCCUUUUGGUAUGAUUUUUCAGUUUUCGCGUUGAAAAGUUGAAAAUUUGUUUAAUUUUGCAGCGUAAAAUGUACAUCGCGAAAUUCUAAAGCAAUAAGCGAUCAACGGGAACGGGAAAGAAAAGUGUGAUUGAAAGAGCAGCUGGACCGGUAGGAAUACCAAGGGAAGCGAAAACAAUGUCGGACAUGGUUCUUAACAAGCCGACUCCAGAGAGGAGUGCCACUAGCAGUAAAGAUCCGGAAAUGAAAGGAUGGCUAAUGAAAUGGACCAAUUAUAUUAAAGGUUAUCAGAGACGAUGGUUUGUUCUAUCCCGUGGUGUUUUGAGUUAUUAUCGUAACCAAGCUGAAAUGAAUCAUACAUGUCGCGGUACUAUAUCGUUACACGGUGCUCUUAUACAUACCGUAGAUUCGUGCACUUUUGUUAUCUCGAAUGGUGGCACUCAAACGUUUCAUAUAAAAGCUGCCAAUGAGGUAGAACGACAAUCCUGGGUAACUGCAUUGGAAUUAGCCAAAGCAAAGGCAAUACGUACUAUGGAAACGGAAGAGGAGGAAGAAGUUGAGACAUCGCAUGUUAUUCCCAGUCAAGAAAUCAACACCGUUAUUGCAGAACUAACAGGUCGUUUGGAGAGCUUGCGCACCUGUUACGAUUUAAUAACUAAACAUGGUAUUGCAUUACAGAGAGCGCUCAGCGAAUUAGAGGCGAAUGACGAAGAAUCACUAGCCAGUCGCACAAAGAUCGUUAAUGAGCGGGCUACGCUGUUUCGUAUUACUUGCAAUGCUAUGAUUAAUGCAUGUAACGAUUACCUGCGCAGUGCUGAAUCGCAAGGCCACAAGUGGUCGAAAAUGGUUGAGCAUGAACGAGAACAACGACUACGAUUGGAGGAAAUGGUUGAGAUGUUAGCCAAACAGCAAACUCGCCUCGAACAGGCCGCACAUACAGCAGCGCAACAGAAUAAGCCGAUAGCAAAAUUAAAUGAGAGUGCUACCACACCGAAUGCAGUUACUUCUGACGACGAAAACGAAUUUUUUGACGCCGAAGAGAAUAACGGAGUGUUCGGAGAUAAUUCGCCAAAAGAAGCUGGAGGAUUUGUAAUGACAUUGCCUUCAAAUAGGGGUAAUAACAAAGGUGACGAUGUCGAGGAUGGAUCAUUUGUUAUGAAGCUACAAAAGACUCGCUCUAAUUCAGAUGAACAAACACAACAUAGUAGCUCUUCCGACAAUGAAGAACAGAAACUUAACGAAUCCGAGCCUCAACAAGUGGUUGUAAUAAGCCGCUCAUCAGAACCUAGAAGUUCACAACACAAAAAUGGAAAUACACAAAAUCAAAAUGUUUCACAAUUAACUAAAACUACCAGGCAGCGGCGUACACGCGUACCAGACAAACCAAACUAUCCGCUCAAUCUGUGGUCGGUAAUGAAAAAUUGCAUUGGCAAGGAGCUAUCGAAAAUUCCAAUGCCAGUUAAUUUUAAUGAGCCACUCUCAAUGCUACAGCGUCUUACCGAAGACUACGAAUAUGCAAACUUAUUGGAUUCUGCUGCUCGUUGUACGGAUGAAUGUGAACAACUGGCGUAUGUCGCAGCCUUCACAAUUACCAGCUACGCAACAACAGCAAACCGGACGGGAAAACCAUUCAAUCCACUCUUAGGUGAGACUUAUGAGUGCGAUCGUAUGGAUGACCUUGGAUGGCGGGUUCUAGCUGAACAAGUGUCACAUCAUCCCCCGAUGGCUGCCCUACACUGUGAAGGACGUGAGUGGUCAUGCUGGCAGGAAUUCACCAUGACUAGCAAAUUUCGCGGAAAGUAUUUGCAGGUCAUUCCUCUGGGGAAUGCGUACGUAAAUUUCCCAGCAACUGGUCAUAAGUACACGUGGCGCAAAGUAACAACGACUAUUAAUAAUAUUAUCGUCGGAAAGUUAUGGGUCGACCAACAUGGUGAUAUGGAGAUCAGAGGACUCAAUACCGCAUCGGGUCUCACAUGUCAUCUAAAAUACAUUGCGUAUUCAUAUUUCUCACGCGAACAGCAACGGCGUGUUAAAGGUGUGAUUAUGGAUCGAAAUAAAGAAGUCAAAUGGGUGCUGCGUGGCACUUGGGAUUCUUCCAUUGAAAUUGCGCCGGUGCUUUCCACUUCAGGUUCGAUCGAUAGUCCAGUUUACCAGACUAAUGGUUAUAAAACGGUGUGGACUCGUAAAAUGCCGCCACCAGACAGUGACAAAUACUAUAACUUCACCACGCUGGCAGCGCAAUUGAAUGAACCCGAAGAAGGUGUCGCACCUACUGACUCUCGUCUACGCCCCGAUCAACGGUUGAUGGAAGAAGGUCGAUGGGAUGAAAGCAAUCGUGAGAAAUUGCGACUUGAGGAGAAACAGCGCAGAAAGCGGCGAGAACGUGAAUCUGAAGCUGAAGACGCAUCAAAUCAGGGUCGGCCAUAUCAACCAUACGAACCGUUAUGGUUUAGGCGUGAAAAAGAGGAGGGAAGCGACAACUUGGUGCAUGUUUUUAACGAAUCCUAUUGGAAGCACAAGCAAGAUCAAGAUUGGUCUCAAUGUCCUGAUAUAUUCUAAAUAUAAAAAAGAAACAAAACACGUUUUUACCAAAAAGUUACAAAGCGAAUUCAAAUAUAGUAAUGAGAAAUAAAAAAAAGUUGAAUUACAAAAUUUAAAUAAAUUAAUAUUAAAGCAAAAGUAAAACAAAGCAUAAGAAAAUAUCUCCACAUAAAUAUGUAGAAAAAUAUAGAAUACGAAAUUGCACUCUUACGAAUACUUUUACAUGAAUAAAAAAAAAACAAA